AUGCCUAUAGAAGGGAUCUUUCUCUCUGCCUCAGUCAAAUUGCUGUUUGAGAAGAUGUCCUCUUUCGCGUCCUCCAAAUUACCCACCUUUGAAGGUAUUGGUACCCAGCUGACCAAUUGGACCAAUAUGCUGCGCCAAAUUGAAGCUCUUCUGAUUGACGCGGAGGAGAAGCAACUGACCGAUAGAGCCGUGAACCUGUGGCUCGACGAUCUCCAGGAUCUGGCAUAUGAUUUGGAUGAUUUAGUGGAUGAGUUCGCCACCGAAGCUUUGCGACAGAGUCUCAAGGCCAAGCCGCCCCAAGCUAGUUCCAGCAAGGUAUGGAAUCCCAUUCCUAAUUUCAAGCCAAGAGAUGUUGUGUUUAAUUUCAAAAUGAGGUCCACGAUUGAGGGGAUCAAUACCAGAUUGCACAAUAGUUUUGAACAAUGUUCGAAACUUAAUUUGGUUAAGAUUGUUGGAACCACCACACCUACUAAGACUUGGCAAAAACCAAAGUCUACGUCAUUAUUAAAAGAACCUCGCGUUUAUGGAAGAGAAAAGGAUCAAAGAAAGAUAAUUGAGUUGCUUGUAGGUGGAGGUGAAUCAAGCCGUAACAAAGUUGACGUAAUUCCCAUUGUGGGUAUGGGUGGGAUUGGCAAGACCACCCUGGCUCAGAUGGUAUACAACGAUGAAAUCGUGAAGAACCAUUUUGAUCUGAAAGCCUGGGUUUGUGUGUCAGAUGAGUUUGACAUUCUGAAAAUAACAAAAGCAAUUUAUGAUUCAGUCACUUCCCAGACAUGUAGUUCUGAUAACUUGGAUCAAGCUCAAGUUCAACUAAAGCAGGCUUUGGCCGGAAAGAAGUUCUUUAUUGUUUUAGAUGAUGUCUGGAACAAAAAAUACAAUGACUGGAAUGACUUGAACAGCCCUUUCAAGGAUGGAGCUCAAGGAAAUGAAGAUUGUUGGUCAUUGUUUGCACAACAUGCCUUUGAGAAUAGAAGUAUUGAUGCAAAUCCAAAUUUGGUAUCAAUAGGUAAGAAAAUUGUGGAGAAAUGCAAAGGUUUGCCUUUGGCUGCUAAGACACUUAGUGGCCUUUUACGUUGCAAAGAACGAGAUGAGGAAUGGGUAGAUGUAUUGUGUAGUAAAAUAUGGGAUUUAUCACACGCAGAAAGUGACAUCCUUCCAGCUUUGAGACUAAGUUACCAUCAUCUCCCUUCGCAUUUGAAGCAGUGUUUUGCAUACUGUUCAAUAAUACCCAAAGACUAUGAAUUUGAGGAAGAGGAGAUAGUCUUGUUGUGGAUGGCAGAGGGUUUCAUUAUGCAAAAAAGAGAGAAACAAAUGGAAGAUGUAGGAGCUAGGUCUUUUUUCCAACCAUCAAGUACUAGUAAAGGCUCUAAAUUUGUGAUGCACGACCUCAUCAAUGAUUUGGCUCAUGUAGUUGCAAGAGAUACUUGUUUUAGAUUGGAUGAUAAAUUGAAAGAUCAGGAGCAGUACCGGAAUCUAAAUAAAGCUCGACAUUCAUCUUACAUGCAAGAGAUGUAUGAGGGUAUGAAAAAAUUUGAGAUCUUUGAUAAAGCCAUGCAUUUACGGACCUUCUUACCAUUUGGCUCAAAACAUAAAUGGAGUUGUUAUUUGGCAAGCAAUGUUCCCCUUAAUUUAUUCCCGAAGCUAAGACGAUUGAGGGUGCUCAAUAUGAGUAGAUAUUGCAUCACGGAAGUUCCAAAUUCUGUUGCAGAUUUGAAACAUCUGCGGUAUCUUAACCUAUCCCACACCUCCAUUGAAAAAUUACCUGAAUCACUAGGCUCUCUUUACAAUCUACAAACAUUAAUGUUAAGAGAAUGUGCAAAACUGAAAAAGUUGCCAACAGACUUGGGAAGCCUAAUUGACCUACGUCAUCUCGAUACUACAAAUGCACAUUCCUUAAAAGAAAUGCCACUGGGAAUAGGUAAGUUGGUUAGUCUUCAAACACUGUCCAAUUUCAUUGUUACUAAAAACAAUGGGGAUCAGUUAAGAGAGUUGGGGAACUUAAUUUAUCUUCGGGGGAAGCUUUGCCUAUCUGGGUUACAGAACGUGGUGGUUCCAUUAGCUGCAAGGGAGGCGAAUUUGAAUGAUAAGAAUGCAUUAGAUGUGUUAUCAAUGGAAUGGAGUGUUAACUCAGAUGAUUCACGAGUGCAAGGGAGGCGAAUUUAA